CCUACCUACUGAUACAAAAUUUUUGUUUUGACGUGACGAAUUAAUAAGUGCUGCAUAAUAACUUUUAUUUUAUUAUGCUCUAAUACGAAAUAUUAUUGCAUUUUAUCACAGGUCGUAUAAAGGCUAACAUUUUGGUUAAUUCAAUACCCAAUUUGAUGAGUACAUAUUCUUUUUAAAAAUAAUUUAGUCAAUAUGAAACGAACCUAUGAUUCUAUGAGUUCCUCUAUUGAAAUUAGUUCUUACCGAGAUCAACACUUUAAGGGUUCAAGAACUGAGCAAGAAAAAUUGUUAAGGCUGUCUUCAACGUUAUAUAUCGGAAACUUGUCAUUUUAUACAACGGAGGAGCAAAUAUACGAGCUAUUUUCAAAAUGUGGUGAUUUACGGCGUGUUAUAAUGGGACUAGAUAAAUAUAAAAAAACACCUUGUGGCUUUUGUUUUGUUGAAUAUUAUGAACGAGCUGAUGCAGAGGAUUGCUUAAGAUACGUAAAUGGAACAAGAUUAGAUGAUAGAAUUAUUCGCUGUGAUUGGGAUGCUGGUUUCAUUGAAGGAAGACAAUAUGGACGUGGUAAAACUGGAGGACAGGUUAGAGAUGAAUACCGAACUGAUUAUGACGGCGGUCGCGGCGGCUACGGAAAAAUUAUUGCCCAGAAGGUUGUCCCCAAUACUUUAGAACGUUAGUGAUUAUAAGACUGUUUCAUAUAAAAAUAGUUUGAUUUUUGUGAUCGUUGUGAAUGUAUGCAAAUAAAAGCAUAUUUACCAUUUAAAAUUUUCUUCAAGCAAUCACCCUCAGAAUGAAAACGAAAAAAUGUUAUUGUUGAACUGAGAUUUCAGAUAUAAUCAAACCUUUUACAUUAUUAUUAUUCUUAAAUAUACAAAUGAAAUCAG